CAAUACGAGAGUCUCUCUCGCUUCCUCUGAUAGCUCUCCCGAGUCUCUUGAGCCUCUUUGGGUGCGAGGGCUUCCCGUGUAGUCCCAUUCAUACCGACACAGUGAACAGAAGAGGAGGACUUAUGCGACCGUGCCAAUUCGUUCCCAGACUGAUCUUGUUGACUGGGUCGGUAUAUUGCUCGUUGAUGUUCUGGGCGGAGCAUUGCUGGAGGUCUGUCUCGAUGACACCGGUCUCGGGAGUAAUCUUCUCCGGUUGCUUGCAAGGACCAUGCCGAGGACGGAGGAAACUCGGGCCAUCAUUAACAAGAAGAUCGAUGACUUCGAAAGGGCCCAUGUGGCAAAUUGUGCGACGAGCGUUGCGGAGAGGCUCUCCCACGACAGUGACUGAGGGAACCUAGGAUCACUGUGGGUUGAGGACAGGGCGAGAUUGCCAUUGCUGGGUAGAUCCAAUAUCGAGAGAGC